UAAACAGGUCCAGCCCACAAUCGAUGUCCCACAAUCCACCGCGCGCGGUCUUCCACAUUUCGCCUGCUGGAUCGCUAGUGUCAAAUCCAAGAUGGCGCUCCAUGGUUUGCUCCAGCUGUCCUCCAUGCUGCGUUCUGCUGUCAGUCAGACCCUGCGCAGGAACAUUGGCCUCUCCGCUGUUGUGAUGAACCGGGCCAAAGAGCUGGACCCCGUGCAAAAACUGUUCCUGGACAAGAUUCGCGACUACAACACCAAGAGCAAGGCUGCUGGUGGAAUUGUGGAUGGAGGACCUGCUUAUCAAAAGGUCAUGAGUGAAGAGGUUUCCAAACUGGAGAGGCUAUACGGUGGGGGAGACCUCACUAAAUUCCCGGAUUUCAAAUUCCAAGACCCCAAGCUUGAGGAAGUGGCCAAGUGAAUGCUAUUCAUCUUGUAAAUCGGCAGUGUGUUAUAUUUAAUAAUAAAAAGAUCUAAGAUGAUUGAA